AUUCAGGAUAGGCCUAUGGGAGGCCAGCCGGCCGCAUUCGCCAGAGUUCUUGCUUUCCUCUGUGUCCCCUUUACGUCUUUCCUAUCAAGUCUCGUCAUGAAUUUCUUCUGAGAACUGUCGUGCUGGACUGUGUGGUCGGUUUCAUCAAAUUACUCGCUCGCCAGCAUGGGAUGUGCUAUAUCAGCCGAGGAACGGGAGGCCAUCGCUCGUUCCAGGCAGAUCGAGAAGAAUCUCAAGGAAGAUGGAAUUCAGGCUGCCAAGGACAUCAAGCUACUCUUGCUAGGUGCUGGGGAGUCUGGGAAGAGCACAAUUGUGAAGCAGAUGAAGAUCAUCCACGAGAGCGGAUUCACGCAAGAGGACUUCAAACAAUAUAAACCUGUGGUAUAUAGCAACACGAUCCAGAGUUUAGUGGCCAUCUUGCGAGCCAUGCCCAACCUUGGCAUCCCCUUCGGAAACAACGAACGCGAGGUCGAUGCCAAGAUGGUGUUCGACGUGGUGACGCGAAUCGAAGAUGCAGAACCUUUCUCAGAGGAACUCCUGGCAGCCAUGAAGCGCCUUUGGACGGAUUCUGGUGUCCAACAAUGUUUCAGCCGAUCCAACGAAUACCAGCUGAACGAUUCCGCCAAAUACUUUCUUGACGACCUGGACCGACUCGGCGCCAAGGAUUAUCAGCCGACGGAACAGGAUAUCUUGAGAACCCGAGUGAAAACCACUGGAAUCGUGGAAGUACAUUUCUCCUUCAAGAACCUCAACUUCAAACUUUUCGACGUGGGAGGUCAGCGGUCAGAGAGGAAAAAAUGGAUCCACUGCUUUGAAGACGUCACUGCCAUCAUUUUUUGUGUAGCCAUGUCUGAAUACGACCAGGUGCUUCACGAAGAUGAAACCACGAAUCGGAUGCACGAGAGCCUCAAGCUGUUUGACUCGAUCUGCAACAACAAAUGGUUUGCCGAUACCUCGAUCAUCCUCUUCCUGAACAAGAAGGACCUUUUUGAAGAGAAAAUCAAGAAGUCACCCCUGACCAUCUGCUUCCCUGAAUACACCGGUACUAUUCAUUCUUCAUUCUCCUUCCUCGCUCACUUUUUUCGCUCUCCCUACUCAUCUGCGACAAGGGUCAAUAGGAAAAAGUCGACAACUGGAUAUCUUGCCUAUACCAAUCUAUUGGUCAUGAGCACGGGCAACUUUUGGUUUAGUCCUCAAGAAUACGGUGCAGCAGCUUCUUACAUCCAAGGACAGUUCGAAGCCAAGAACAAAUCUUCAACCAAAGAAAUCUACUGCCAUAUGACCUGUGCUACUGACACUACAAAUAUCCAGUUCGUUUUCGAUGCCGUGACCGAUGUGAUCAUAGCCAACAACUUGAGAGGCUGUGGUCUCUAUUAGUGUGCUAAGUGUUGCAGGGAACCGUUGCCCCGCGCACAACGCAAACAAAACCUUUCAACAGCGGCAGGAGCGCGACUGCAAGUAACAAGAAACUACGCAGCUGCAGUGGAGGUGGUAUAGAAAGGAUGAUGCUGACUAUGCCUCUGGUGUUGACGGUGAAGGGAAUGGUGAUCGAUGAGGCAGACGAUGAUGACUGGAAAGGCAGCUACUGUCACGCGGCGGCUGCUGAUGGAUCAACGGCCACUUCCUUGCGGCUGCCCAGAACUGACUGUGAUUCCAGAGAGCAGAAAAAGAACUUACCGACUCCAGCAUCACGAUAGCACAGAAUAAUCCGCUCACGUACACAGAAAACGCGAUUGAAUAAAUAAACAUAGACACAAACACACGCAUUCACGCCUGCUUUAACGCAAAAUGAAAGCACAAGAAGUUUUAAUGAAGGAGGAGGAUGAGAGAAAAGAGAGAAGACUCAUGCAGACUUGCACGGGUCUCGAAAUCCUCGCUACUUCAUCUCACGCUUACUCCACUCCUCUCACCUCCUCAUUCUCCUUGUCCUUCCAUCUUGAACUUCUUCAUGGAUUGCUUCAUGGUCAUUCUUGCUCAUAUUGCACUCCAGUGUCUCGACGUCCUGUGUCUGCCCUUCUCUUUUUUUUCCAGCCAUGGCAUUCCGGGGAUCUUUCCCCCUUUUUGUCCUUUUUUUGUUUUCUUGUCAUGGAUCUGACCCAUCCCAUGCAAGAUUUUCUAGUCACUUCGAGAGAAACUUCGCAAUUUUAGGGAGAAAUCAAAAGCUGUCCGGACAUUUCUCGAUAGAUUUCCAGGGGACCAUUUCCUCCUUUGGUUAAGAAGAGUGUUGAAUGGCCCAAAGACGCUUACAUGGUUUUCUGUGAAAUGAUGGUUAUGAUGAUGCGCUGUAAUUAUGUGCUGUCUUCACUGACUCCUGAGGGAUGACGAUGAUGACGUUAAGUGUGAGCGCGUUAUCAUGUGAUUGUACUCUGAGUGCUUCAGUGCUUGCGUGUUAGCCAUCCAUUGUCCGCCUGUCUGACUGUCUGUCAGUUUGUUUGCGUGAUUGCAAGGGGAAGAGAAGAAUGCUGGCUGUGUGACUUUAAACAUCUGGAUCUAGGGCUGUGCACAAUAUGCACAAUUGCUAUCCACAACAAAACAAACCUCUCUUUCUUUCUCAGACUUCUCUUGCCUAUCUCCUGGGGCUUAGAUUCUUUUCAGUUCCUUCGCAAGCCCUCAUUUACAGUCAUACUUAUAUAUGGCCAUUUUGCUCCCCUUGUUAAUGACGGGGCAUUCGGUGGUUUGCGGGAAGUUCAGCAUGUGGAUCGAUUCCAAUAAGCGAGUCAUUAGCUCCCAAUUGACCUGUUUUGAAUAAAGUAAGUUAUUGCA